UGAUGAAUUUUCUGGAUCUCUCUCGAAGGUUCUUAGAUGCUAAUACAAUAGAGAAGUAAAUUUUAUCGUAUUUCAUUUGCAACUAAAGUGACCAACAGAACGGACAAGCAACUUGGGUAAAUUUAGGAAGACGUAACAGAAAAAAGGUCAGGUUCCCAGCUGCCACACAGUCUUACCGUGGGAAUAGAGGUUUCAACAAUCAGAAGCUUUCAGUAUUUUUUUUUCGUAACACAGAAGAUAAAACUCAAAGAUGCCUUUAGAGAAAAAGAAUGAUGCUGAGGAUGUCGAUCACCAGGAUACCAAAGGAUCAGCUUCUUCCCCUGAUGAGUCACAUCAGUUAGAUUCUUCAGGAGAAGGAGAAGUAUUUCGUAAAAAACUGAGAAUGCAUUCUCCCAGUCCUGGAGCUAGCCCUAGAGGUACUCCGCAAGCGUCGCCACCAAGAGUUUCCCUAGAGCAAAUAAUAGCAGCUGCUAAUGGUGUGACGAAUAUGACCUUAGCACACGAAAUAGCAGUAGAUAAAGACUUUGUGCUGAAACAAGCGGAAACUCAGGAAUUGUCUCUUGAGAAACACAUAAAGGACCUAGUACACAAGGCAUUCUGGGAAAACUUGAAAGAGAGUCUGGCAGAAGAUCCUCCAAAUUAUACACAUGCUAUUGGUUUAUUGGGAGAGGUGAAAGAGAGUCUUUUUACUCUUCUGUUGCCAGCACACACUAAGAUUAGGACAGAGAUCAAUGAAGUCUUAGAUUUAGAAUUGAUAAAACAACAAGCGGAACACAACUCGUUAGAUGUCCACAAAUAUGCAGAAUUCGUUAUCGGUAUAAUGAGUCAGCUGUGUGCUCCAGUUCGUGACGAUGAAAUUCAGAAAAUCCAUGAAAUUACUGAUGUCAUAGAACUUUUCAAGGAAAUAUUCCGUGUGAUAGACUUGAUGAAACUAGAUAUGGCAAACUUCACAAUUCAAAGCAUACGACCAACGAUUCAACAACAUUCCAUUGAAUACGAACGAAAGAAAUUUGAAGAACUUCUCAAAAAUCAGGAGGAUUAUGUUGAUGGGCUGGAAUUCACAAAGAAAUGGCUUAAAGAUGCGGCAGAGAAAAUUGUUGCACUCCAGCAAGCGUUCCAUGCUGCACAGACUGCAUCGUCGACUGUGGUUGAUGGGGCCACUGCCUCUACCAUGGCAACCGCCCCUACCAUGGCAACCAUACCCCCAGCAGUUGUGUUAAAUCAAGGAUACAUCAAUCUCCUGCAAUGGGAUGACCUGCAGUUGUUUCCAGAGACUUUACUCAUGGAUCAAGGAAGAUUUUUAGAUAUACGAGACAAAGUGGACAAGCUUGUCUUGGUGUCAUCUGUAUUAUUGGUUACUUAUAACACUGUAGGGGCUUCCAUAGCUGGAAUUCAAGGGUUUGUGGAGAAGCUGAAAAACAUUAUCAAUAUUCUUUUAGAGGGUGAUGGUGAGAUGGGAGAUAAACUUGUUGGUUUGAGUGAGCAGAUAUGUAAAGAAGUGAAUGAAUGCCUGACAAAACAUAGCUUCCCAUCACUGGAGGAAACAACGGAGAAAGCACUGAAGACACAAAUACAGAGUCUGAAGGAAGAAGCCAAUAAUAUCAGAAAGUUGCUUGAUGUCAGAGCCAAAGCAUUUUUCAGAUUGAUGAUAUCAGCGACCACUCCUUUUGAUCCUAAAACCAAGAUUCCACCAGGUUUGGGACCGGUUCACCAAGAACUCAUAAGCCUCAGUGGACAGUUCUGUAGUCUUGUCGUUCACAACCGAUCAGUGUUCAUAUCAUUCUACUCUGACAUCAUAACAGAAGUGAAGAAACAAACUACUGAGAGUAAAAAUGAAAAUGAAAAGAAUGUUUCUAAAGAAGAGAGUGUGGAAAGUGUGAAAACUGACAUUUGAAAAAAAAAGUUGUUUGCAACAAGGUUGCAUGUAUAUACUGCCAGA